AUGGCAAAUCCACAAGCCCAGGAUAUCAUCCGAUGUAGAUAUUGUGAGGACGAGCCAGCUGUCUUCCAUUGUAUUCCGUGUGGAGAUGACCUUUGUCCUGGAUGUAAAGUCUUCCAUCUUAAAAGCAAAGUUCCUUCUGGACACAACAUCGUCCGUCUGUCCGACAAAUUUCACGCAAACAAUCAGAUCAAAAUGUGUGAAGUGCACUCAUCUAAAGCGUACGAGGCUUGUUGCAAAGAUUGCCAGGCCCCUGUCUGUAUUCUAUGCAUUCAGGAAGUACACGGUGAACACGCCAUCGGGAAGAUACAAGAUCUUUACGAGAAACAAAAGGCUGAAACCGCCGAGGAACUGUGUAAAAUAAAGACCCAAUUGAAGUUAGAGAUCAUUCAGAGAAUAAAAGAUUUCAAUGAGGAAGAAAAAGAAAUUAAGACUUGCCAUGAAAAUAUAAGAGAGAAAAUGAAGAAGCAAGGUCAGGAUUUUAUAAAUCACAUCAUAUCCAUUUUGAGGGAAGCUUUGCAUGAGUCCGAAGAAGACGAGAAAAGAAAAUCCGAGGAAAUAUUUCAUCAAAAAGAAGAAAAUGAGAAAUUUGAUCAAAGCUUGGAUCAUUUGAUAGGGAAAUUUGAAGCGCUUACUAGGUCAAACCAUCCUGCCGACUUUCUGUUGUACCUUAAAAAGAAUCCUAACACAUUUAGGGAAUUAAAAUUUCCAGAAAAAGUUACCAUUGCUAAGCCCUUGUUUACAGCCGGCCGAUUCAACAAAUUUAAAAAUAAACAUCAAUUUGGUAAAUUCAUCGCAGGUCAAAUUAGUCAUUUAAAAUCAGUGGAUGAUAGCUUACAGGCUAUACAGCCAACUUUCAAAAAAGUAUUAGAGCGUUCAGUAAAACUCAGUGAAUUAAAAACCAAAAGGGAGAAGUUAUUGCAUGUGAGAUGUCUUGAUGACAGAUCAGCAUACAUCAGUGGUCGUGGGUUGAGAAUACUACUGAUAGACAGUUCAGGGACAGAGCUGGACAGCAUUAGCACUGACAGGCAACCAUUUGGUCUGGCUGUGAUGCAGGACAGAAGUCUGAUUUACUCUGAUUUUGAGGAUAAAGUUAUCUAUAGAAUGUCGCUCGAUAAAAAGAAAACAAAACUGCUAAAUACUAUGUAUCACCCAAGGGGAUUGUGUUGUUCUAGAUCAUGUGAUAUCCUGGUCUGUAUGAGUGAUUAUAAAUAUUCACUGUCAGGCAGAGUGGUCAAGUACAGCAACAGUGGGGAGAUACUCCAAGUGUUCCUCGAAGAUCAGAAUGGGAAGCGACUUUUUGUCAAUCCAUACUUUGUGUGUGAGAAUGUGAACGACGAUAUCUGUAUUUCUGAUAUUGAGAUUAAGAACUCGAAAGUAGUUGUUCUGAACAGAUCAGGAGAACUUCAAUUCAAAUAUUACGGAAAUAUUCAGUCUAGGACGUCAAAAAAGGAAUUUAAACCGCUUGGUUUAGCUACCAACAGUCUUGGUCACAUUCUUGUUGCAGACAACGCCAAUAACGCCAUACACCUGAUCAACCAGGAUGGGAACUUCCUCUCUUACAUCCUGACAGAGGAUGAUGGGAUAUCACGACCAUGGGGAAUUUCUGUUGACACGUCAGACAAUCUGUGGCUGGUAGAACACACAAACGCUUGUGUCAAAUUGUAUAAGUUUUUGUCAUAG